CUCAACGGUUCAUGUGUUCCUGAUAAUGAAGUGAUAAUUCACACGAAAACACAGUCACUCGACUCGCAGAUGCGGAAGGAAGUCUCGAGAUGGAGGGAUCGCGUCUUGAACAUUUUGAAAAGCCACCUCGUGCUGACUCCAAAAGUACUCUUAUCUGUGGUCGGUGUAAGCAGGAAUAUGAUACACUGACUGCGUUUCUAAAACAUCGAGCCUACCAUGUAGAUGAAAACGGCAAACAUUACUGUGAAUUAUGUCAAGCAGUGUUCUCCUCCAAAACAUCAGCACUGGAACAUUACACCAGUCAUCACCAAGUCGUCUUUGGUGAAGAUGAAAAAGACACCGAAGCAGCAGGCAAUAAAGCCUAUAGAAUAAUUGAGGUCGGGGAGACGGACAGUGAGAUCAUUGCCGUCAUAGCCGAUCCAGACACAGAGCAUGUCGACGAAGAGACUGAGAAAGUCUACAACGAGUUAGUCCAGAAGAAGUUGCCCGAAACGGCCACCGACGAUUACCUGCGGUAUGGCAUGAACUACAAGUUUGCGAUGGAGGUGGUCCAAGUGGAGAGGCCAAAGUUCAGUUUCGGCAAAACGGUGCUGAAUUGUCUGUUUUGCCUGCUGCAGGCCAACGACAUCAUGGUGCUGUCCAGACACAUGUUCAACAGUCACAAAAGCUUUGUGAACAACGAGAGAGUGGAUGAGUAUGAACGGGUUUUCUUGGAGAACCAGCAGAGAGAGAAGGGGAAGAAGUAUGCAGGGCAGGUUUUGACUUUGAGCAGGUAUUGGAAGAUCAGUCGUGAAGACUUAGAGGAGCAGCCGAAGCAGCGAACUUGCCGAGUGAGGACGAAGUACAGACGCAAGCUGCAGCCGACGGCUUUCCCCUGCCCGACGUGUGGUAAGGAGUUCAAGCAGGGACGGCUGAGGCGAGUUCACAUGGAGACUCAUCGGACUGAGAAGAACUUCUUAUGCGAUGAGUGUGGCAAAGCCUUCAAGUCCCGCACCCGGCUGACGGCCCACCGCAAGUCCCACAAGGAGAAGAUCUUCAAGUGUCCGCAGUGCGACUUCCAGUCUAAACUCCAUAGCGCCAUCCACGCCCACCGUCAGGUGCACAGCCAGGGCUGCGUGCUGUGCCACAUCUGCGGCUCGGCCUACACGGACCGCUCCACCCUAACCAAGCACAUGGCCGUGCACUCCAUGGAUCGGCCGUACCCCUGUGCCUACCCCGGCUGCACGUGGCGUUUCAAGACCGAAGCACUGUGCCGAGCCCACUUCCGCGCCCACACAAGCAAGGGACGCUACAAGUGCGAAGUCUGCCACUACCUCUUCCGCCACAAGCAUCAUCUGCAAAGACACCUGGUUUCAGUUCACAGAAUGGAGAUUAUUAAACACCAACAGCUCAGGCCAGAUGUUGGGAUCCUCCCAGCCAACGAGGAGCCACCUGUUCCUCUUGAGGGCGGGGCUAGUGAUAUGCAAAUGAUCCAGGUGGUACUUAAUCAACAGGUACAUCAGGAGGUCGUUAGUACAGACAUGCAGGGUAUUCAGGUCUUCAAAUUAUUCACGACCUGAUUGUCUGUAUUAAAA